UUCAGGUACGCCUCGCGGCAGGUCUGACACAGGUGCGUCAACCUGGAAGAUAAUUACCAGCGUGCGCGAUGUCAACGCUGAGGACACACUGACGCAUCUUGAUGCGAAACAAACCUUAUAAUCCGCGGAUUUUACACGUGGGAAUAUUAAUAAUAACCUGUUUUUGUUCCUUCAAAAUAAAACCAUCAGACAAACUUCAGUGAUUAUGAGAGGAGACACCACUGCGGAGAACGAGGUGGAGGCGGAUGAUCAUGGAGAGAGUGCAGCAGCUGCAGCAUCUGGAGAGAGACGACCUAGUCUUGUGACGCUACAAAGUAGGCUGAAGAAAGUUUCCCAGAGCCCUUUCCAUGAUCAAUACAAGACUGUCGUUUCAUCAACAUCUGACUCCAGUGGAUCAUCUGCGGCCGAGUCUCGAAACAAACAGAAUGGCGUGCCAGAACAGCUACAUGCAAGUCCUCCGAAUGGAUUCAAUGGGGGUUUGGCCAGAAGUAACCCUUUUUAUACGCAUUACUUGGAAUCAGGCAGCAAAAGCCAUGAGGAGGUAGGGAAGGAAAGCUCAGACAUCAACUUCAGUACCAUCUUUGUCCCUCCACCUGAAUUUCAGAGCUCACCUCUGGAUCUUCAGACUGACGUUAAGACUGUGGAACAUGGUGACAAAUUUUCUGAACAUCAGAAGGAUCUAUUCCAGGUCCUCACACCCAACCCUGUGCAGGACCUCUUCCUGGCAUCAACAUUGGCCCAAAACCAAUCUGCCAAUGGCCAUUUUCAUGAUGUGACAUUAAACUCGCCAGACUUAUUCAAGCCAGUUCCUGCUCAAAGACAGAACUUGUCCAAAAACCUGAAAUCAGAAAGCACUGACCUGUUUAAAAAUGAAGGGGUCAAUCUUUUCCAAGCUGCUAAAGGCGAUCAUUCACUCCAUGCAGAGCGCCCUAGGGAGGAGAACCCCUUGGAGAAAUCUGCCAGUAUUUUUGUAGACCCGUUCAAAUCUUCUUCAGACAAGGAGGAUGAUCUGUUCCGUUCUCCACAGCCAGCAUUCGGGAACCCGUUUCAUACUGCCACAACCAAUGGAGAUUUGUUUCAAGCAGUUCGAACUGAAAGCAGGGAACCCUUCGCCAAACAAGACCCUUCUACGACAAAAGACCUUUUUGGCAUGUCCUCUCAGAAAAAUCUGGAUGUAUUUUCAUCGUCAUCUGCAAAUACAGUCGACCCAUUCCCAAGUCCAAUUACAAGGGAUUUAUUCCAAGACGUUUCCAGUUUGGAUGACCCGUUUGGUGCCACUCCCUCAAAGCAGUUUGACCCAUUCCAGGAUCUUUCAAAUGGGACUCCAGACAUCUUCCAACCACUUCCCACCAAGAUGAACAGCAAUGAUGUGUUGGAGAUAAACCCCAACAAUACAGCUUCUAAGACCACAAGCUCUACGUCUUCACUCAACAAUUCAUCAGACAGGAAGCUGGACAUGUCAUCAUCACCAGAUCUCUUCAAUGCAUCAGAAUCUAAUCCAGCCAUCCAACCAAAGCCUUCCACUUGGCAACAUGAUGUCAUCUUGACGACCCCUCAGGGAACUGACCAUGAUAUUCUGCAGCCGACUCCCUUCAGCCGGGCCAGGAAUCUGUCCAUGACACCAGGCCGAUCUCCAGCUCAAAUGAAUCAUGUGUCAACCUUCAAACGUCCGCCAAAGCCACUUCCUCGGACCAGACCACCAAGGAAAGAAAAGCCUCCGACCCCAGAAAAGCCACCGAAACCAGAAAGGCCACCCCCGCCAGCAGAACCUAUUGAAACUGCACCAACUGUGCCAAAAACUCUUCCUAAACCAGUCCUCAGACCGCUCCCAAAACCAGUUAUUCCCCGCAAACCAAAAACUCCGGAGAGUAAACCAUUGGAGGGGGAGGACUAUGUUGUUUUUCAGGACAUCCUGCUUCUUGGACAGGAAAAGUGUGUUGAAGACUGGCCUGAGGACAGUCCUGAGCUUGACCCCGACUUCAAACCAUCUGGAACAUUUAGACUACGACGAGAAUCAAUACUGGUGAAGCGGGACUCUGAUGGAGGAAGUGGCGAGGAUCAAGAUGGAGUCUCUGGGAGUCACAUCAAGAAAAAUGAUAAAAAGUUCAGAAUGUCCCUUCUCUCCAGACGGGGAUCAAAGGAAAAGUUUGGCGACGACCCAAAGGAGGCGAGGAGCAGGACGCUGCCCACCACACGUAAAUCAUCAAAGGAGUAUUUUUCAGAGUCUCCAGGAGAGAAUGAAGACGGGGAGCAUGAGUUAGACUAUAAAAAGAAACAGCUGAAGACCAAAGUCAACCAGCUGCUCCGAAGAGCAUCCACGAAUUCUUUCAUGCUGGACAGGAAACACGCGGACGGACAUUUACCUCAAGAAUCGAAGGACGGUGACUUUGGCAAGAAAAGCAAGAAGAACUCGAUACGCCGAUGGUCAGAGGGGACCGCCUUGGAUGGCAGCACUGGCGGCGAGGAGGAGGAGGACGGAGGGGAGGCGCAGCACGAUGAGAAGAAAAAAAAGAAGAUGAAAAUCAAGUUCGUGCCGCACAGAGGAUUCGCCAUCACUGUAGAGAAGACUGGUGAUGAGCCGAAGGGAGCGCACGGAUACACGCCUCGCAAAGGCUCAAAGGACAAAUCGCAAGAGGAAGUUUUGGGUGCACACGGCUACACACCUCGUAAGAAGUCCCAGGAGGAGGCUUUUGACGAUGUAGACGAGCUUCAGUCAUCUAGCAAGGCUGCUUUCAUGGAUGAGGAGCACUUCCAGAAAUCCCUCCACACGUCUGCCAGGCUCAACGGAGACGAGGCUGUAUACGGAACGGAAGACUGGAAACCUAAGAAACCAACGAAGAUGAAGAUGCGGGACGUGGGCCGCCGAAGCUCCAAGGAGGGCAUGCUGGGCGAUCCCAGCCUUCAGAAGAAGAAGAGCAGCUUCUCAGCGGAGGAGCUGGACGAUGAAGAACUGGAUGGGAUGGGUGACAGCAAACCGCAAAAGUCCAAACACAAAGGCCCUCCUCCCCUCCCGCGCAAGUCCAACACCGCCUACGGACAAAGUGAAGAGGUCGGAUUCAGCCACCAGGUCCCUCAGCAGGCCUCCGGUGAUGUGUUUGCUGAUGACGACGAGGCCCAAACAGGAAAAGACGUCAAGUACGACUACGAACAAGACGAGCUGGGAAUCUGCAAACCGAAGAAGGCAUCAAAACUCAAAGCCCUCAAAAAGUCCAAGAAUAAAUCCAUGCAUCUAGACUCUGACGAUCCACCAGGAGCCACGUCCGGUGACUUCAUGUCAGAGGCUGCUCGGGCGGAGUGGCUGGCUGCCCAGAUGGACGAGCGAGCCAUGGAGGAUCUGGAGGACGAGGACGAGGAAGGGGACACUGACAGUUUGAUGGAGUGGUGGUACACUGUGGAGCAGUGGGAUGAGGUGCCGUCAGACGACGAGGACAAGGCCCUGAAAGAGGAUGAGUCCAAGUCUUUCACCAUCUUGGCCGACAAGGUCCACCGCGGCCUGCGCCUCUUCAACAAAGUCUUCACCGAGCGGGCCGAGGUCCUCUGGCAGUCUAUCAUCACGCUCCACGCCAUCGCCGAUGACAUCAGCACCUUCCACCACAAGGCCAAGAUCGCCGGCAUCACCGGCGGCACCACCACGGCUGUGGGCGGCGUGACGGCCAUUGCUGGUUUGGCUCUGGCGCCCUUCACCUUCGGGGCCUCUCUCGUGAUCACUGCCGUCGGUGUUGGCGUGGCAACGGCGGGAGGAAUCACUUCGGCCUCUGCGGCCAUCUCGGAUAACGUCAACAACAUGCACGACCGGAAGAAGGUGGAGGUGGUGCUGCAGGAAUACGAGGCCCACCUGCUCGACAUCAGCAAGAUCCUCCACUUUAUCAAUCAGGGCCUGUACAAACUCCGCGGCCAUCCCUUCCUCAGGUCGGGCACCCAGCACUACUCGGAGGACUGGGAGAUCCGCAGGGCCGUCCAGAUGAUCAGCCUGGUGGACACACCGGUGAUGCGGGCGACUGACAUAACGGACGCUGCUGUUGCCUCGGUCCAAGGACUCUUCAAAGGCAUGGACAAGUACUUCAUCAAGGACUCCCGGGAGCUGAAGAAGGGCUGCAAGAAGGAGAUAGUGGGUCAGAUAAAGGAGCUGGCCAGUAUGCUUAAUGACGGGAUAGUGGAGCUCAACUCCAUCAGAGAGGAGCUGCAGGGUGCAACCGGCAGCAAUUGAGGAGCACCAGCCCCCUCUAGUGGCGAAAUGAGGCUACUGACCAUGUGAAGGUUCAGACAUUAGAAGGGCGACUUUUAUUAACAUCAGUUUGUUGAGAACAGACUCCGGGAAAGAACCCUCUGUUGAGCUAAUAAUGGGCUUUAAUUUGUAGUAGAUUAUUCUGAUUAUCCUUGUUGUAUUUGUAUUAUAUUGUAAGAUGUUACCAGUCGGAAUAACAGGAAAACAGGACACUUCUUUAAGCACUGUACAGUGUGUAUUGAUAUAUGGGUAAAAGGUUUAAAUAUAAGGUGAAUCAAAAUUUAAGGACACAGAGGGCUUGAAGUUCAACACUGAUAAAAAAAAUGUUAGUUAAAAAUGUAUCCACACUGUACAUAAAAUGAUAUUAGAGGCACAGUUGUAUUAGAUGUUAUUGUUUCGUCACUAUCUCUGUUAUCUUGUACAUUCCCUCCACCAGAUAUCUGUGUGAUCAAACAAUCUGUAGUCUCCACAGUGAGACUCAUUAUCUUAUCAGGAUAUAUUUUAUGUGUUUUUGUCUUUGGAGAGAACAUGUGACAAUGAGUGUUGUACAUAAGGUAAUUUAUUUUUAAUUAUGAAUAAGAGUAAUUCGCCACAGAUCUGGGUAAUGACGAGGAAACGUUUCAAUGUUUAAUGUCAAGUUAUUGCACAGGAAAUAUAUCGAUGCCUAUGAAACAGCCUCUGUGUGCACACGUAUGUGAGCUAUACGAAGACACCACUGUGUUGUUCGACACGUUCUGUACAAGAACUGGAGCCAUUUUGUGUCGAUGCUGUUCUGAUAAGCCCGAAUCUGCCAAAGUUAGUAUGUUCUGAAUGCAGAAAGAUCCCUGUUUCUGUAUGUUUGUACUUAUUUCAACCUGAACAGAAUGAACCUAUUAUAGAUAUUCUACUUUAAUAUAUUCAGACGUUUUAAUGGAACUGAUUCUGUGAAUAAAAACUGUUUGGCUAAUGUGUCCCAUGUGCA